AUGGUUAUUUAUUCUCCAGAACUGUUCUCAGGAGUCCUGUGGACUUCCAGUUCUGCUGUUUUCCAGGCACUGCAGUUUCUGAAUGUAUAUGGAAAGAAGGUGGGAGGAGGUGGCAGUGCCCUGGCUGCUUCUAGAAGCAGCGCCUGUUUGCGACCAUUCAUACCAGUUUUCUACUUGGUUCUCCUCUUGGGUGGAGGGGAGAAGGUGUCUUUUAUAACCAGGGAAAAGGACUUGGAAGCCAAAUUCAUUAUUCAAAUGGAGAAAAGCAAAACAACAAUCACAAACUUAAAGAUACCAGAAGGAGGGACUGGGGACUCAGGAAGAGAACGGACGAAGACCUUCACCUAUGACUUCUCUUUUUAUUCUGCUGAUACGAAAAGUCCAGAUUAUGUCUCACAAGAGAUGGUUUUCAACACCCUUGGCACAGAUGUCGUGAAGUCUGCAUUUGAAGGUUAUAAUGCUUGUGUCUUUGCAUAUGGGCAAACUGGAUCGGGAAAGUCAUACACUAUGAUGGGAAAUUCUGGCGAUUCUGGCUUAAUACCUCGGAUUUGUGAAGGGCUCUUCAGUCAAAUAAAUGAAACCACCAGAUGGGAUGAAGCAUCUUUUCGAACUGAAGUCAGCUACUUAGAAAUUUAUAAUGAACGUGUGCGAGAUCUACUUAGGCGGAAGUCAUCCAAAACCUUCAAUUUAAGAGUCCGAGAGCAUCCAAAAGAAGGACCUUAUGUGGAGGAUUUAUCCAAACAUUUAGUACAGAAUUACAGUGAUGUGGAAGAACUCAUGGAUGCAGGAAAUAUCAACCGAACCACAGCAGCGACUGGGAUGAACGACGUCAGUAGCAGGUCUCAUGCCAUCUUCACCAUCAAGUUCACUCAGGCAAAAUUUGAUUCUGAAAUGCCGUCUGAAACCGUUAGUAAGAUCCACUUAGUCGAUCUUGCUGGAAGUGAGCGAGCGGAUGCCACCGGUGCCACUGGGGUCAGACUGAAGGAAGGGGGGAAUAUUAACAAAUCCCUCGUGACUCUGGGAAAUGUCAUUUCUGCCUUAGCCGAUUUAUCUCAGGACGCGGCAAACCCUCUUGUGAAGAAGAAACAAGUUUUUGUGCCUUACAGAGAUUCUGUUUUGACUUGGCUGUUGAAAGAUAGCCUUGGCGGGAACUCUAAAACCAUCAUGAUCGCCACCAUAUCACCUGCUGAUGUCAAUUAUGGAGAAACCCUAAGUACUCUUCGCUAUGCAAAUAGAGCCAAAAACAUCAUCAACAAGCCUACUAUUAAUGAGGACGCCAACGUCAAACUCAUCCGUGAGCUGCGUGCUGAAAUAGCCAGACUGAAAACGCUGCUUGCUCAAGGGAAUCAGAUUGCCCUCUUAGACUCCCCCACAGCCUUAAGUAUGGAGGAAAAACUUCAGCAGAAUGAAGCAAGAGUUCAAGAAUUGACCAAGGAAUGGACAAAUAAGUGGAAUGAAACCCAAAAUAUUUUGAAAGAACAAACUCUAGCCCUUAGGAAAGAAGGGAUUGGAGUUGUUUUGGAUUCUGAACUGCCCCAUUUGAUUGGCAUUGAUGAUGACCUUCUGAGUACUGGAAUCAUCUUAUAUCACUUGAAGGAAGGUCAGACAUAUGUUGGUCGAGAAGAUGCUUCAACAGAACAGGAUAUUGUUCUUCAUGGCCUCGACCUGGAGAGUGAGCACUGCAUCUUUGAAAACGUCGGGGGGACGGUGACUCUGAUACCCCUGAGCGGGUCUCAGUGCUCCGUGAAUGGUGUUCAGAUCAUGGAGGCCACACACCUAAAUCAAGGUGCUGUGAUACUCUUGGGAAGAACCAAUAUGUUUCGCUUUAACCAUCCUAAGGAGGCUGCCAAGCUCAGGGAGAAGAGGAAGAGUGGCCUUCUGUCCUCCUUCAGCUUGUCCAUGACUGACCUCUCGAAGUCCUGUGAGAACCUGUCCACGGUCAUGUUGUAUAACCCAGGUCUUUUCCCUAUAAAAGGACCCAUCUGUCUAAGACUUGAAUUUGAGCGGCAACAGCGCGAAGAACUUGAAAAAUUAGAAAGUAAAAGGAAACUCAUAGAAGAAAUGGAAGAAAAGCAGAAGUCAGAUAAGGCAGAACUGGAGCGGAUGCAGCAGGAGGUGGAGACUCAGCGCAAGGAGACGGAGAUUGUCCAGCUGCAGAUCCGCAAGCAGGAGGAGAGCCUCAAACGCCGCAGCUUCCACAUCGAGAGCAAGCUGAAGGAUUUGCUUGCCGAGAAGGAAAAGUUCGAAGAGGAAAGGCUGCGGGAGCAGCAGGAAAUCGAGCUGCAGAAGAAGCAGGAGGAGGAGAGCUUUCUCCGAGUCAAAGAAGAGCUCCAGCGGCUCCAGGAGCUCAACAACAACGAGAAGGCCGAGAAGAUCCAGAUAUUUCGAGAGCUGGACCGCCUCAAGAAGGAGAAGGAUGAGCAGUACGCCAAGCUCGAGUUGGAGAAGAAGAGGCUGGAGGAGCAGGAGAAGGAGCAGGUCGUGCUCGUGGUGCACCUAGAGGAGCAGCUGCGCCAGAAGCGGGAGAUGAGCCGGCUCCUCCAGCGAGGGGAGGUGCAGCGGGUGGAGGAGGAGAGGAGGGACCUGGAGGGCAUCCGGGAGGCCCUCCUGCAGGUGAAGGAGGCCCGGGCCGAAGGGGAGGACGACGGCGAGGAGUCAGAACGGGCUCAGCUGCGUUUCCUGGAGUUCAAGAGAAGGCAGCUGGUCAAGCUGGCCAACUUGGAGAAGGACCUGGUUCAGCAGAAGGACCUCCUGAGAAAAGAAGUCGAAGAGGAACAAGAACUCCUGGAGCGUUUAAAGUCUGCAAACGAAGAUGACUUCAGAGUGUCGGAGAAGGAUGCUGGGGGUGUCACACACGUCACCCAGGCGGCUCAAAUCCUCGAGAAGAUAAAGCCCGCGGAAUACAGGCUGCAGUAUAAGGAACGCCAGCUCCAGUACCUCCUGCAGCAUCAUUUGCCAACCCUGUUGGAGGAAAAGCAGAGAGCGUUUGAAAUCCUUGACAGAGGUCCUCUCGGCUUAGACAACACUCUUUAUCAAGUGGAAAAAGAAAUGGAAGAAAAAGAGGAACAGCUCGCUCAGUACCAGGCCAACGCGAGCCAGCUGCAGAAGCUCCAAGCCACCUUUGAGUUCACUGCCAACAUCGCCCGUCAGGAAGAAAAAGUGAGGAAGAAGGAAAAGGAGAUCCUCGAGUCACGGGAGAAGCAGCAGCGCGAGGCGCUGGAGCGGGCCGUGGCCAGGCUGGAGAGGAGGCACUGGGCCCUGCAGAGGCGCUCCACCCUGGGCCUGGAGAUCGAGGAGCAGAGGCAGAGACUGGCCACGCUGAACAGCAGCAGCGAGCAGUCCGGCCUCCGGGCCAGCCUGGAAGCUGAGCAGGAAGCCCUGGAGAAGGACCGGGAGAGAUUAGAGUAUGAAAUCCAGCAGUUGAAGCAGAAGAUCUGUGAGGUUGAUGGUGUUCAAAAGGGGCAUCGUGGGACCAUGGAGGGGAAGGCUCCUUCUUCCAGCUUGCCAUCCAGUGGUGAAAAAUCUCACCUGGUCCCUCUGAUGGAUGCCAGGAUCAGUGCUUACAUUGAAGAAGAAGUCCAACGACGACUUCAGGAUUUGCAUCGCGUGAUUGGCGAGGAUAGCAGUGCAUCUGCAGAUGUGGUGAGGGAUAAUGAGAAACUCCACAAUGGCACCAUUCAACGUAAGCUAAAAUAUGAGAGGAUGGUUUCUCGCUCUUUGGGAGCAAAUCCAGACGACCUGAAGGACCCAAUUAAAAUUAGUAUUCCACGCUAUGUGCUCUGCGGGCAAGGGAAGGACGAGCACUUCGAGUUUGAGGUCAAGAUCACUGUCCUAGAUGAGACAUGGACCGUAUUCAGGCGCUACAGUCGCUUUCGAGAAAUGCAUAAAACAUUGAAGUUAAAGUAUGCAGAGCUUGCUACCCUUGAGUUCCCUCCAAAGAAACUAUUUGGAAACAAGGAUGAACGAGUGAUUGCUGAGAGGCGAAGUCACUUAGAGAAGGCCUGGCAGGAUCCACGGAUCAGAGAGAAGAGAUGCUGUUGGAGCACAGUGAAGAAGCUGCAACAUGAGGACAAUUGGAGAGCCGAUCCAAAAUACCUCAGGGACUUUUUCAGCGUGAUGCUGCAGUCCGCGACGUCUCCCCUACACAUCGACAAAGUGGGGCUGACUCUUUCCAAACACACCAUCUGUGAGUUCUCACCGUUCUUCAAGAAAGGGGUCUUUGACUACAGCAGCCACGGGACGGGGUAG